GCGGGACACGGGCGGGGCGUGGCCAAGCCGGCUGGGAGCCGGUCGCGCAGCCGAAGAGCACGGUGGCAAGUGGACAUGAGCGCGGUGGACCUUGCCCGCGUGGGCGCGUGUGUCCUGAAGCAUGCGGUGACCGGGGAGGCAGUGGAGCUGCGGAGUCUGUGGCUGGAGCAGGCGUGCGUGGUGGCUGGCCUGCGGCGCUUCGGCUGCUCGGUGUGUCGCUGGAUCGCCCGGGACCUCAGCAGCCUCAGGGGGCUACUGGACCAGCACGGCGUGCGUCUGGUGGGCGUGGGGCCCGAGGCCCUGGGCCUGCAGGAGUUCCUGGAAGGCGGCUACUUCGCGGGAGAGCUCUACCUGGAUGAGAGCAAGCGCUUCUACAAGGAGCUGGGCUUCAAGCGGUACAACAGCCUGAGCAUCCUGCCAGCCGCCCUGGGGAAGCCCGUGCGCGAUGUGGCCCUCAAGGCCAAAGCUGCUGGCAUCCAGGGGAACCUGUCCGGGGACUUGCUGCAGAGCGGAGGGCUCCUGGUGGUCACCAAAGGUGGUGACAGAGUGUUGCUGCACUUCGUCCAGAAGUCUCCGGGAGACUAUGUCCCCCGGGAGAGCAUCUUGCAGGCCCUGGGCAUCCCCACGGAGGGCUGUGCCAGCGAGGCGCCCCAGUGUGCUGAGGGGGCGUGCACAAGGUGAAGACCAAGGCCUCCGAGGGCCUGGGAGGCGUCUGCUGCCUUGAACACUGGGAGCUGGAUGUGAAGAAUCUUUCUGGAAUCUCUGGACUGGGGCCCCAAACUCUGCCUGGGCCUCUGUGACAAUGAGCAUUAAACUCGUUUCUGGG